UGGGUAUAAACCUCCCUGAGAGCGUUGGACUGAAAUGUUAUUCAGGUGCCAUAACAGGUGUGUUUUAGUAUUUAUGUGUGACAGGGAGAGGUGACAAUACUGUCUUGACUGUGGAGAGUGGGAGGAGACAUACAGAGACAGGAGCUGAGUCUGUAUUGUAGCUACCUCUCUGGAGAUAUAAACUCUGAUCUAUAGAGCCUGUGGAUUCGCUGUAGCCUGGUGCAGAGGCCUGAGACUGAGACCCAUCCAUCUCCAUUCUGUCUCUGAAAUCACAGGCAGACAAAAAUGGCCCAUGGAAAGAACCAGGAUGAGAGACCCUCAGAACAGGGCGAAGAGAUGGGAGAGGAGACCUUCCUCAAAGACCUCCAUCUGUACAUGAAGAAGAGAAAUACACCCAUAGAGAAAAUACCACACCUGGGCUUCAAACAGAUCGGUCUGUUCAUGAUGUACAAGACUGUGAAAAGCUUGGGUGGCUACCACCAGGUGACGGCCCAGCAGAUGUGGAAGCAAGUAUACAACACCCUGGGAGGAAACCCCAGAAGUACCAGUGCAGCCACCUGCACCCGUAGACACUACGAGAAGCUGCUUCUGCCGUAUGAGUGUCAUGUAAGAGGAGAAGACUACAUGGAGGUACUGCCACAAUGCCAGCAGAAGCGUUUACAUUACAGUAGGCUCAGUGAGCAGGACAAGUGCCCCAGGACAGCCAAGCGUAGCAUGACAUACGGAGCUCUACAGACAUCCCUGCACCAGAAGCCCCAUAACUUUCUGACAGACUCCAGAGUGAGGAUCAUCCCUAUGCCUGUGCACUACAGUCAGUACUACCACCACCCUGUCCACCCCGUCCACCCAGAUCUGCUCCCCUAUGUCCACCCACCUCUGACCCCUAGCAGCCACCCCAGCAGCCUCCCCUCCCCUCAAGGACAGACAGAGAGGGCCAAGCAGCCUCUGGAGCGUCUACGCUUCCUGGCCAACCAGUACAAGGACUCCUCAGGCUGGACUGAGCCACUCAACCUCAGUCACAAGAAGGCUGGUCAGGAGUCAGGCGGUCACCCUGCUUCAUCCUUCGCCCCUCCUCCCUCCAACAUCUCCCCAAGGUUCUUGAAUAGGGUCUCACCUCUGUACCCCGCCAAGGGGCUGGUUAAAGAUGAGAGCAGUGAGACGCCGGAGGGAGAGGUGCCCCUGGAGAAAACCCACCUCUACCCCUUAGCGACCAGAGACGACUGCAUCAUCAACCUCACAUCCUCCUCUGGCGGUUACUCCCGCAGCCCGACCUCAGCCUCCAGCCCAGGCAUGAAGAAAGAGUCCCCCAUCCCCUCUCCGCUGCAGAGUUGCAGGGAUAGUGCCCCCUCCAUGAUUCACGUCCCCAAACUCCAGAAGAGGGAGGAGUGGAGAGGGGAAAGCCCCAAGCACAGUCCAGGGCCUCUCAAUUUUAGUGAUGCUCUGUGCAGUACCCCCAGAGGGACAGAGGGAAGCAUGGAGAUCCAGAUCCCGCUGGCGAUGCUCCAUGACUGGGUAAAAGGAGUUCUGCUGUGUGGGCCUGCUGGCACCCAGCCUGGGGAUCUAUCGCUGCAGGAUCCAACCAUGGGCCAGACCCCAGGCUCAGAGCCCAGGGAGAGGGAAAGUGCACAGGCCUGGUCUGACACCUCCCCCACCAUUGCUACACAUGCUGACCAGGUCUUCCACAACCAUCACAAAGACCAGGACAGGGGUUCUGGGGAUCUGAGAGAGAGGAGUCUGGAGAGGCACAGGAACCUGCUUAGGCCCACCACCACCACCUUCCCUAGUACCAGUCACUGCCGCUCCAUGGCGCCCUACCAGUUCUCCAGCUACAAGCCUCGGCCAUCAGGGAGCAUCGUCCGUAACCCGGACAGCUGGAAAUUGGAUCCCCGGGAGGACACAAGGAGGCCCUACCACCCAAAACUCAUGUCCUCCCAGGACCUAUGGGAUAGAGCCCAGCCAAUUCCCUUAAAGAUCCACCCCAGCAGCCAGGCUCUGGAGCAGGAUAGUGUACGCCACACAUCCCCAGGCUAUUGUCCAGGCACAUCACUGGGAAGGGUGGAGAACCCUUAUAUGGCGCUGAUGGUGAACCCCUCAUUUCCCUCUCUGGUGCCACUGACACCUGAGGAGUUAAUGAAGUUAAAGAGGCUAAUCUCAAGCUCCUCAUGAAUAGAAUGGAACAGCAGGACAACAACCUGCUAAUUAAUAUAAAAUAUGAUGCACUCUGGACGAAAAGCUGUGAAAUGUCAACAUUGACAUUGGACACUUAAAAAGCCCUCAUUACUGUUCAAAAUCAAGAGACAAUGUAGCACUACUGUUGACUAACUAGUACUUCAGAAUAUGAAUUUAGUCCUUUAAUCUUCUGUAUUGAGCACUGGAGUGAAACGUUUUUUCCCCCUUCAUCUCAGCGGUUUGUUUUGAAAAUGAAGUAGCAUCGAGAAAAAAAACAUGUAGCCUGAUAAUGACAGUAAAAAAGCUUGAAACUAAUUAUAAAAGUUUACUACCCAGACAGCAAAGGGACAUUCUAUUGAGUUCUUACUUGCAAUUUUGUUGAGAUUUGUAACUUGUACAUUUCUUUUAAAGAAUUGUUGAGAGUUGUUGUUAUGCCAGUCAUUCUUGUUGUUAUGCCACAAAUUCUUAUUUUCAAUGACAGCCUAGGAACAGUGGGUUAACUGCCUUGUUCAGUGGCAGAACAACACAUUUCUACCUUGUCAGAUCAGGGAUUCCAUCUUGCAACCUUAUGGUUACUAGUCCAACGCUCUAACCACAAGGCUAUCCGCUGUUUAUGAGGAGAAACAAUCAUAUAAAAAUAUAAAAGAUACACUUUAUUCUGAAUUUGUGAAUGUUUAUAUAUAUAUAUAUAUUAUUAUUUUUUUAAACACCUCUACCCCUUAUAUAUACACUGCUCAAAAAAAUAAAGGGAACACUUAAACAACACAAUGUAACUCCAAGUCAAUCACACUUCUGUGAAAUAAAACUGUCCACUUAGGAAGCAACACUGAUUGACAAUACAUUUCACAUGCUGUUGUGCAAAUGGAAUAGACAACAGGUGGAAAUUAUAGGCAAUUAGCAAAACACCCCCAAUAAAGCAGUGGUUCUGCAGGUGAUAACCACAGACUACUUCUCAGUUCCUAAGCUUCCUGGCUGAUGUUUUGGUCACUUUUGAAUGCUGGUGGUGCUUUCACUCUAGUGGUAGCAUGAGACGGAGUCUACAACCCAAACAAGUGGCUCAGGUAGUGCAGCUCAUCCAGGAUGGAACAUCAAUGCGAGCUGUGACAAGAAGGUUUGCUGGGUCUGUCAGCGUAGUGUCCAGAGCAUGGAGGCGCUACUAGGAGACAGGGCAGAACAUCAGGAGACGUGGAGGAGGCCGUAGGAGAGCAACAACCCAGCAGCAGGACCGCUACCUCCGCCUUUGUGCAAGGAGGAGCAGGAGGAGCACUGCCAGAGCCCUGCAAAAUGACCUCCAGCAGGCCACAAAUGUGCAUGUGCCUGCUCAAAGGGUCAGAAACAGACUCCAUGAAGGUGGUAUGAGGGCCCGACGUCCACAGGUGGGGUUGUGCUUACAGCCCAACACCGUGCAGGACGUUGGGCAUUUGCCAGAGAACACCAAGAUUGGCAAAUUUGCCACUGGCGCCCUGUACUCUUCACAGAUGAAAGCAGGUUCACACGGAGCACGUGACAGACAUGACAGUCUGGAGACGCCGUGGAGAACGUUCUGCUGCCUGCAACAUCCUCCAGCAUGACCGGUUUAGCGGUGGGUUAGUUAUGGUGUGGGGUGGCAUUUCUUUGGGGGGCCGCACAGCCCUCCAUGUGCUCGCCAGAGGUAGCCUGACUGCCAUUAGGUACCGAGAUGAGAUCCUCAGACCCCUUGUGAGACCAUAUGCUGGUGCGGUUGGCCCUGGGUUCCUCCUAAUGCAAGACCAUGCUAGACCUCUUGUGGCUGGAGUGUGUCAGCAGUUCCUGCAAGAGGAAGGCAUUGAUGCUAUGGACUGGCCCGCCCGUUUCCCAGACCUGGAUCCAAUUGAGCACAUCUGGGACCACAUGUCUCGCUCCAUCCACCAACGCCACAUUGCACCACAGACUGUCCAGGAGUUGGCGGAUGCUUUAGUCCAGGUCUGGGAGGAGAUCCCUCAGGAGACCAUCCCCCACCUCAUCAGGAGCAUGCCCAGGCAUUGUAGGGAGGUCAUACAGGCACUUGGAGGCCACACACACUACUGAGACUCAUUUUAACUUGUUUUAAGGACAUUACAUCAAAAUUGGAUCAGCCUGUAGUGUGGUUUUCCACUUUAAUUUUGACUCCAAAUCCAGACCUCCAUGGGUUGAUGAAAUUUGAUUUCCAUUGAUAAUUCUUGUGUGAUUUUGUUGUCAGCACAUUCAACUAUGUAAAGAAAAAAGUAUUUCAUAAGAAUUUUUCAUUCAUUCACAUCUUGGAUGUGUUAUUUUAGUGUUCCCUUUAUUUUUUUGAGCAGUGUAUAUAUAUAUAUGUCAUAUUUUCUUCCUAUUCUUAUUUUACCAUGAGUAAUGUUGGAUUCUUUUAAUCCUUUUCAAGUUUACACAUUUUCACACAAUAAACAUUCUGUCAUGUUCUGACCUUUA